GUAGCCGAAUCCAAGAAGAGACAGAUAGCUCAGAGAGGGUCACCCACGCCGCGAGAUGCUCCUCCUCGCUCUCCCCCUCGCCGGCGCCGCCGCUGUCGCCUUCCUCCUCUUCAAGUUCGCCACCGUCGAUGGGGAUCUCACGCUGGUGUCGCGCGGGGCGCCGCGACGGGAGAAGGUGGACGGCAAGGUCGUGUGGAUCACGGGAGCCAGCCGCGGGAUAGGGGAAGUUCUUGCAAUGCAAUUUGCUGCUUUAGGAGCAAAGCUGAUAUUAUCUGCUCGUAACAGGGAGGAGCUUGAGAGAGUGAAACAUAAGAUCAUCAACAAGCAUCCAGACAGCAGAGUUGAAGUAUUACCCAUGGAUUUAUCAUCGGGCGAAGAAUCUCUGAAAGAACAUGUACAUGCAGCAGAGUCACUCUUCUCUAAUGCAGGCGUUGACUAUAUGAUUCAUAAUGCAGCAUUUGAACGUCCAAAAAGGAGGGUUCUGGAAGAAACUGAAAAGGGCCUUAAGGCUACUUUUGAUGUCAAUGUCUUUGGUACUAUUACUCUAACUAACCUUCUUGCACCCUCAAUGAUGGAUAGAGGGAUGGGCCAUUUUGUUGUGAUGAGUAGUGCAGCUGGAAAGGUUCCUUCACCUGGCCAAGCUCUUUAUUCGGCCUCCAAACAUGCCCUCAAUGGCUACUUUGCUUCUCUGCGCUCUGAGUUAUGUACAAAAGGCAUUAAGGUUACUGUUGUCUGUCCUGGGCCAAUUGAAACACCCCAAUCUUCCAGUGCAACCUCUUCAUCACAAAGACCAUCUUCUGAGAAACGUGUUCCAGUGGAAAGAUGUGCUGAACUGACAAUUGUUGCAGCAACUCAUGGACUAAAAGAAGCAUGGAUAUCAUACCAGCCUGUGCUAGGGGUUAUGUACUUGGUGCAAUACAUGCCAACGGUUGGUCUCUGGCUUAUGGACAAGAUUGGCGCGAAGCGUCUAGAUGUUGCUGCAAAGAAAGGCAAUGCAUAUAGUUGGAACCUCCUUUUCGGUGGCAAGAAGUCAGCAUGAUGAAAUUGUUCAUUAGGCAAUGAUAGGGGAGUCGGAAAUGGUUGUAUAAAUUUGUGGAUUCUGAAAACUUGGAUUUGGCAUUUCCUUUAUCUACUACAGUUACAGUAGAACCUUACUGGAACAAGAUUCCUACGUUACGUUAUGAAGGAGCCCUUGAUUGGAAA